AUGACAGAACUUAACAAAUACAUUGAGCUUAACAAUGGAAACAAGAUGCCUCUCAUAGGAUAUGGGACCUUCUCCGGAGAGGAAGAGAAGGAGCUACAUGACUGUAUUGUACAUGCUAUUGUAGACUUAGGUUACAGACAUCUUGAUACAGCUAAAGUAUAUCUCAACGAAGAAGUUAUUGGAGGAGCUCUACAAGAAUGCUUUGAGAAAGGCAUCAAGAGAGAAGACCUCUUCAUCACUAGCAAAGUAUGGAAGGAUGACUAUCAUGAUGUCGAGUCUGCUAUUAAGGAGAGCCUCAGAAAGCUGCAGCUAGAGUAUCUAGAUUUGUACCUUGUCCAUUGGAUGGUCACAGAUAUUGAUUGGAAAAAUCUUGAUAUUAAAGGACCAACCAUGCAAGAGACUUGGAAGCAGAUGGAAAGAAUCUACGAGAAUGGACUUUCUAAGAACAUUGGUAUCUCUAACUGCCCAGCAAUGAUGUAUUUGGAUCUUCUUGCAGGAGCAAAAAUUAAACCACAAGUAAACCAAAUUGAAACAAAUCCUCACUUACAACAAAAAGCUUUAAUUGAGUUCACAAGAAAAUUCGGAACAGAGACAACAGCUUAUGCUCCAAUUGGAGCUCAAAAAUUCACAGGAGAUGGUAGUCUUUUUGAUAACGAAGACUUGAAGGCCAUUGCAGAUAAGCAUGGUGUAACCGUUCCCCAAAUAUGUCUUGCUUGGAAUAUUAAUAGAGGAGUUGUAGUGAUUCCAAAAUCUACAAAUAAAGAUCGUAUGAAAGCUAACUUUGAAGCACUUUCCAUUACUCUUGGUGAGGAUGAAAUGGCCACUAUUGCCAAACUUGACAAGAACGAAAGAUUCUUCGAUCCUGCUAAAUGGGAAAAUGAGACUGGGGAGGAAGAUUGGGAUAAUUCUCCGAUUUGGGCUUAG